AUGUCACAACUAUCUGCCGUACUCGACACAACUCUCGCCCUCAUUGGACAAUUCCAAACAGCCCUCACGACCCAACCGACCGCCGCAGCAGCCGAAGCCGCCGCGCAAGAUGCGGAAGCCCUGCCCCUCCUAACGGCCUCGUCGAGCGCGCUCAAAGCUCAAGUCACAAAACUCUCGUUGCUUGCUAUCACCUCUCCGUUCACACAUUCGGCUAUCUGUACCGUGCUCCGUGAUCUGAAUGAAUCCGUCCUGCCGUCGAUCGUUACCGCUGCCCUCCUUGUUACACCGGCGCAAUACACCAAAGCGUUUAACUCGGAAGUUGUUGUUCUGGUUAAUACAACUCUGACCGAGCUGCUGAAUCUUGUGUCAGAGGUCAAGCGCGUUGGAGAGAAGAAGGAUCAGGAGAAGAAGGACAACGGAAAAGAGAACGAUCUGAGCAAAGCUGAGAAGGAUGUAGUUACACUUGCUACUGGUCGCGUCUGGGAUGCAUGUGAUACUGUGACUGAUGUCGCGAACAAGGGCGUGGUUGGAUUCGUUAUGCGCCGCGUCGAGCAGUGGAGAGAUCUUGUUCGCGACGCGGUUGAAGAAAUCGAGGACUGGGAUCCUGAGGAAGAUGGAGAUGAUUUCUUCGAUGAGCUUCUAGGUGAUGAUGGAAAGGAGGACAAAGACGAGGACUCUGAUGACGAUGAUGACGACGCCGAAGAAACCGCCGCCCUGCUGGAACACAAGAAGUCCUCUAUCCGGUUCCUCAAGCCUGUUGCUCAGGUCUACUCUGCUGUCAUCAACAACCGUCUCAAGAAUGCCGGAAAUGCGCCGUUGUCCUCUCCGUCUGGUGUCAAGAAGUUGGAGUUGUUGAUGCUGAACCUACAAGCUAUCCCAGACCACGUCGAUGAGGCGGCUGGCGCAUUAUACGAGGCCGAUUUCGACAAGUGGGGUCAAUAUUUGCAAAAGACGCGCAAGUGUGCUACAAAAGCAGUGGACUUGGUGAUGUCACCUUGGGUUACCGCAGCAGAUUCCGAUGAGACAGCAGACAAGUUCACCACAUGGACAAAGACAUGGCUUAAGGUCAUUGAUGAAGUCAGCAAGCCAAUUGACGAGAACUGA